AUGGCAUCCCUCCUGAUCCCCACUCUACUGCUGUGCUACAGCUCCCUCAGUCGCUGCUCAGAGAGCAAAGAAUAUCCUCUAGAUGUCUUCGCCCCACAGGAGGUGAAAUUCCACUCCCUAGACUACAGAAAUGUCUUGCAUUGGAAACAACAUGCCAACUCCACCAACGACCAACAAUACUUUGUCCAGUGGAAAGUAUAUGGGGAGAAGCAGUGGACCAAUGCAAAGGAGUGCCAUGGCAUCAGCCGGCUGCUCUGUGACCUGAGCAAGGAGACAUCCGACCCCAGAGAAUGGUACUACGCCAGGGUCCAUGCAGCCCACUCAGGGACCCAAUCACCAUGGGUCCUAUCCGCCAGAUUCAACCCCAAGUGGGAGACCUCUGUCAGCCCACCGACUAUGAAACUUCAUGUGACGGAGAAAGGCAUUGUGGUCCGGCUCAAGCCUCCACGCUCUCCCCACAGGAGACCUAAUGGCAGCUGGAUCAGUGUGAGGAGGCUGCAAAGAAUGUCAUUUACUAUACACCUCAUGCAGAGUGAUGUUGAUGAGGAAACAUUUGAAAUGGAGGGCUGUGUCAAACAGCUCCUGAUCUCAGAUCUAAGCCCCGGGACCACCUACUGCCUGACGGCCGAGAGUCGCUUGCACCUGCUGGACCGUAGAAGCACCCGGAGCCCUAGGGCCUGCAUCACCACACUGAGGGCCAGGAUCUAA